GCCAUCAUGCUACCGGUAGUGUUGCUCGCGAUGGUGGUCGCAGUGUCGUGCACUGCUGGCGAGGAGUUACGCUGCGAGCGCAUCAUGGUUGGCGCCUGUCAGAAUCUGGUGUACGAUAUGACGAUCGCGUCCGCGCCGGAAACGGCCCUCCAGUACCUGGCGCCCGGCACACCAGCGGCAAAUGCAGGUGCCAACUCCACCGCAACCGGUACCAUCCGGACGUGGCUCGACGCGGAACGGCUGAUCACCUCGCUGCGGCCAGUCAUAGAUUCAGGCUGCUCAAAACAGGCACUGUUUCUCUUCUGCUCCUCACUGUUUCCACUGUGCUCACCGACCGCACCGCGUCCCGUACACCCGUGCCGCUCGCUAUGCGAGCAAGUGCGGAAGGAUUGCUUUAGCGAACUACCGCACAGCAAGCUGUGGCCAGUAUAUCUUGAUUGCCGUGCGCUACCCCAGCCGGAAAAGCACGAACUCUGCAUGCAGGUGCCGUCCGAUGCGACGGGAAGUAUCAAACACCGUGCCGGUCAUACCGUGACCAACUACCAUCUGCCGGUGGCCACGGGUGGAGGGACCGGUUCUCCACCACCAAUCAUCACACAUGACAGUGUCGAGUCCGUCGUGAAGGGUUGGUCCAUCUCGAACCUGACCUCACUGUUGCAGCAUGCGGGUGCUACGUCCGGCACUGGCGCCGUCAUCCAUUCGUCGGUUUCGGUUGGUGCGUCCUCAGGGCAGAGAGUCGUGGACGGUACGACCUGGUCGGACCGGAUCAACUCGCUCCUGCUGCCGAGCUUAGCUGUGCCCGGUGUCACGGCGUCGGAUGGUGCCGGUUUGACCCGUAACCCCUGCCCGGCCAACUACAGUCUCGAGUACGAUCGGUGCGUACCGAGAUGCGGACCAACGAUCGAUGCACUGUACAGCCAGCGCCAGAAAGAGCUGGUAGAGCUGUGGACACUCGUCCUGUCGGCGGUUUGCUUCAUCUUUACGCUCACCUCGCUCGUCUCGUUCUGGGCAAAGGCGUCCAAGCUGGAGUACCCGGACCGGCCGAUCCUGUUCAUGACGCUUUGCUACAACCUUUUGGGACUGUGCUACCUGGAGCGUACCAUACUGCACAGUCCGCGUCGGCUGGAGGCUGCCGUUGAGUUUAUGCUGCUGGAUGCACCAGGACCGGUAGCAACCGGUACGUCCACCACCAGCACUGCCCGGUCCGACUGCUCCAUCACGUCCCAGUGCCUGGCGUACUACAUUCUCAAGCACUAUCUGCUGCUGAGUGCCAGCACCUGGUGGCUAAUCUUUGGCCUCUGCUGGUACCUGAGCACCGCCAAACAGUGGUCCUGCGAGGCGCUCGAACGCAAGUCGGGGUUGUUUCACGUGCUGGCCUGGGUUGUACCGUUUGCCGCACCGAUCGGUGCACUGCUCCGUGGCCACAUACAACGCUUCGAGCUGACCGGGUUCUGUACGGCACGUGGAUUUACGGAGUUGCCGGUGCUGCUGCUGCUACUGCUCGGUACCGCACUCGUCAGCUGUGCGCUUGCCGCACUUGCCCGGCUUCGGCUCUGCUGGAAUCAGCGGGCACCACACCUGGGGCGGGUGUUUGGCCGUGUGCUGAUGUUUGCUGUGUGCUAUCUACUACCUGCCCUAUCUGCAACGAUCUGCAUGAUGUUGGAGCGCGUCGAUCACGAACUCGAACCGUGUCCCGCGGGCGAAGCCGGUGAGGGUUGUGUGGCCCAGCGGCCACCGUACUUUUCCCUGCUGCCGACCGUGUUACGGCUAGCGUUGACGCUGCUCGGCGGUGGAUUCGUCGGUGUUUGGCUCUGGUCCCGCCAACCGUCCGACGCGGACGUGAAUGCGAAGAAAAGCACCCAACCGCCCUGCUACAGUACAGCCGAUCUGAUGCUGCUCAAGGGUGGUUCCAAACCGGUGCGGCCGCUGGACGAGUGUGGUGCACUAACCGGGACCGGCGGUGUUCGGCGCGCUGAGGGUCGCCCAGUACCGGACGAUGGUAGCGUCGUGCUGCGAGACGGACAUCUGCUCGCCGGCCGGUACAAAGAUACCACCGAUCGACGGCAAACCAACCGAGGUGCGUCACGAAGUACCACCAGCAGCAGUCCUUAUCGCAACCGGGCGGAGAAGUUAAAAGCGAAAACUUCACAGAAAGUUUGCUACACCUAUCGACCCUGUACCGGCGUAUUGUCCGAGCACGGUGUUGCGCUACGUCCACCAACCGAAUCGGUCGGUACGAUCCGUUCGGACCUUGGUCAACGAUCGCCGUACGGUGGUGGUGGGACAGCUGCGAACGGUGGCUACGUACCGGUCCGCGUACAUCGCAGCCUCCGUGCCGUCCCGAUGUCAAUGAUCACGCGCAUUUAA